AUGAAAUUCAAUUUUGAAAUAACAAAAUCUAUGACGUUAGAUGAUCCACUUUUUGUUACCAUAUUUGAUAAAGAAUGGGAAGAAUUUUUAAAAAAUGGAACCAUUAUAGGUGAUCAAUUAUUAACAGAUUCUGAUAGUAAAUUAUUAACAGAUUUUGAUGCAUUGAUGCGAUUUUAUGAGAAAUAUAUUUAUCAUAAAGAACAAAGUUAA